CGGGAGGCAGGGUUGCCUAGGCGACGCCGGGGGCGCGCUCGUGGGGUGGGAAGGGAGCCGGGGCUGCUCAAUGACAAAUCGGCAGGGGACGGCUGGGGUCCGGCCCCGCGAGGAGGAGAAGGAGAGGGCGGGGCGGGUUUAAGAGCCGCGGGCCUGGUGCGGACGGCCAAGGCGACGCGGGACAAGUCCCAGCUCUUCACCUGGGUCUUCUGUCCGUGGGUCACAACCUCAGAAAACCAGCAGGAUGGCUGCAAACAAGAGUAAGAGCCAGAGCUCCUUGGCCCUGCACAAGGUGAUCAUGGUCGGCAGUGGAGGGGUUGGCAAGUCGGCCCUGACGCUUCAGUUCAUGUACGAUGAGUUUGUAGAAGACUAUGAACCAACCAAAGCCGACAGUUACAGAAAGAAAGUAGUUCUUGAUGGAGAAGAAGUCCAGAUAGAUAUUCUGGACACGGCUGGACAGGAGGACUAUGCAGCCAUUCGAGACAACUACUUUCGGAGUGGGGAAGGUUUUCUCCUCGUGUUCUCAAUCACAGAACAUGAAUCGUUCACAGCAACUGCUGAAUUCAGGGAACAGAUCCUCCGCGUUAAGGCCGAAGAAGAUAAAAUUCCAUUGCUCGUCGUGGGAAACAAGUCUGACUUAGAGGAGCGGAGGCAGGUGCCCAUCGAGGAGGCUAGGAGUAAAGCGGAGGAGUGGGGCGUGCAGUACGUGGAGACGUCGGCUAAAACGCGGGCCAACGUGGACAAGGUGUUCUUUGACCUAAUGAGAGAGAUCAGAGCAAAGAAGAUGUCGGAAAACAAGGACAAGAAUGGCAAGAAAAGCAGCAAGAACAAGAAAAGUUUUAAAGAAAGAUGUUGCUUACUGUGAAUGCCAAGAUGGUGGAUGGAGUCAGCCUCCACUAAGGACAUAGGGCGGGUUCCUUCAGAGAAGACUAUAGUCAACUUCUUGGCGUGUUCCCUGCUCUCCCCAGCCUCGUUCACGCAUACUUCUUUAAACGGGGAAAAAUAUUUGUGAAUCAGCGGCUGGCAGAAGAAAUAAGCCCUCGUCCUUGCAGUGGACCAGCUGCUCUGUCAGGAGGUUUUGGAGUUCCCUUUUCCCUCCUUGCCUCCCUCCCUCGCUUCCAAAAAUUUAAU